AUGAAGCGGGCCCAGGCGGCAUCGGAAGGAGACCAGGCCGAGUUCCCAAUGGAGCCCCUGGGGAGCCAGGUCGCGGAGCCGGAGCAGCUGCAGGUCCCCGCCGACGAACCACGGCUUGAGGGUCUCGAGAGCAGCCCGAAUCCGGUCCGAGCCGUAAAGAAGGCGGCGGGCGCGGGCCAGGACCUCGCCGGCGGGAAGCAGCAGCCCCCGGCCCGCCCGGCGCUCACGCGGCUGCCGCCAUCCAGCCUGGGCUACGGCGCCUUCCGCCGCCAGACGUCCGCGGACUCCGAGCCGCCGUCGCCCGGCCCUUCCGUGGCCGAGCGGCCCCAGGCCGGCGAGGCGCCGGGGGCCGAGCUGGUGUCGGGGGAGCAGCUGCCUGGCGCCUGGGCCCCGGUGGAACUGCAGGUGGACGUGCGCGUGAAGUCCGUGGGCGCGGCCGGGAGCAGCCGCGCGCCCUCGCCGGCGCCCUCCACGCGCUUCCUCACCGUGCCGGUGCCCGAGUCCCCGGCCUCCUCCCGCCACGCCUUACCCACCCACCCGCUCCUGCCGCGGACCCCAGCGCGGCCGGAGCGCGGCCUCGACGCCGAGGGCCGGGCCAGCCCCGCCGACGGGCGCGCGGAGCCCGCGGGCUCCCCCACCACGUGCGGCGGCCGCUGCAGGGAGCUGGGGCUGGAGAAGGAGGACGCGCUGCUGCCCCGCGCGGAGACGGACAGCGACGAGAAGCUGCCCCGGGCCAUAGAGAUCAUGGGGCUGCCUCUGUACAUGAAGUCCCUGCGCUGGGCCCUAGUGGUCAUGGCUGUGUUUCUGGCAGUGUCUGCGGUCACCAUUGUGGCCCUGGCUUCUAGAGUAGGGGCCACUUGCCAGCCGUGCCCCCCGGGCUGGAUGUGGUGUGAGGAGCAUUGCUACUACCUCUCUGCCGAGGCUCGGGCCUGGGAGGCCAGCCAGGCCUUCUGCUCGUCUCACCAUGCCACCCUCCCCCUGCUGGGCCACAUCCAGGGAAGGUGGUUCCUGCCUUCUUUCUCUCAGAGAGUUCCCUGGAGAUGGACAGAAAACCAUGCUGGAGAAAAUGUUUUACAGUGAACAUGAGUUAUUUCAUUACCAGGAAUAGCACUGACGUUUCAGAAAACAUGGAGAAAUGAGAAAGAUACAAUGUAGAUUGAAAACCAUCGAAUCUCAGUAUGGUAAAAAUAAAUAUACAAAGGAAAAACAGAAAGGAAAUAUGUAUAGUAAUAUCCUAAUUGUGGUUACCGCUGGGGGCAAGAUUACGAGUGAUUUUUUUUUCUUCUUUAAAGUUUUAGUUUUUUCUAAUCUUCUAAAUGUUCUGUGAAUAAUGUGUGCUACGUAAUUAGGAGGAAAUGCUAGAGGGACAGUAGCCCUGUAAGCAGGAGGUCAGUAUUUAAGCGUUUUUGUCGGGGGCCUGCGUCAGACCUGAGUUCUUAUAUUUGUCAGAUGAGAACAUUCUCAGGUCCCUGGUUGCGUCCGCAAAAUGGAGGCCAGUGGGUCCCUAGAGAGUGGCUGGAGCUGGGGAGGGGACCCAGCUGGGCAGUGACCCACUGAGCACAGCAAGUGUCCUCGGAAAGUCUGUCCCUGCCCUCCAGCCUCUAAGCAGACAGGUUGAGUUCAGAAUGACCUCAGCCCUCUGAGCAAAAACUUCCCUGUGGCUGGUGGGUCCUCCAAGGGGGAGAUGAACUUCACCAAAUUGCAAGCUUCAGAUAAAGAAUUCUUUUAACUUUUUUUUAACUUUUUUUUUAAUUUUUUUAAUUAUUUUUUUAAUGUUUAUUUCUGAGACAGAGAGAGACAGAGCAUGAGUGGGGG